GGCACGGCGGACAUACAUCAGGUCGCCAUAGCACUAGAAAUGAUACCGAAACGACUGUUGCUACCAGCUACGCUAGCGGCAUUGUUCCUUGUAAGUUCAGGAGAUGCCUUGUGCAGUGCCAACUAUAAGGUAGUCGCAGGUGAUACUUGCGCCAGCAUUGAAUCAGCCAACAGUAUCUCGGACACUCUGUUCCAUUCACUGAAUCCUGUAGUCAAAAGUGAUUGCUCAAACUUGAAGGUGGGGCAGGCAGUGUGCCUUAAAUCAACUGAAACCACCACGUUUACCGCGACACCCACGGCAGCUCCCGCUUUCACCGGCUGUGCCUAUGCGUACGUGAUCAAAGCUAACGAUACAUGUUCAAGUAUGGAAGCACUCACUGGUAUAUCAGACGCCGAGUUCCAUAAGCUCAACCCGUCGAUCAACGCCAACUGCACAAAUCUGGCCAUAGGGCAAACCAUUUGUUUGGCAGGCAAACCGGCAGUGGUGCAGCCUCCUUGCUUCAAGUGGUACACCGCCGUGCCAGGAGAUAGCUGUAACAGUAUACAAUAUGCGUACAAGUUAACAACUAGCCAAUUUUCUCAAUGCAACCCAAAUCUCAAUUGCUCUUCUCUCGUCGGUCAAGAUGUUUGCAUCAGUUGUGCUGCACAGAAUCCAGUUUGUACAUCCAUUCACCAAGCUGUUGUAGGAGAAAGCUGCUAUGGUUUAGCCUCAUCUCUCAACAAGACCACGCAAGCCUGGCUGACCUGCAAUCCCGGCCUGUAUACUUGUCCGCGGUUAAUAGUUGGUGAACAUGUCUGUAACAGUUGUGAUCCGGUACAGCCACUCUGUCGACGCUUUUAUCAGUUAACUUCCGGUGACACAAUUUCCGGUAUUGCACAGAAGGAAGGGACAUAUACUGCGCUGCUGUUGGCUAACAAUCCUAAUCUGAAUACAACAUCGUUAACCCCUGGCAAUUACAUCUGUUCUUCAAAUACUGAAGAGCCUUUUUGCUACAAGAAAUCAAUUGCUGUAGAAGGUCAAGACUGUAGUACUUUUGCAGCUGCAAACAACAUCUCUUUGGCUCAGUUACUGCUGUACAACCCAUUUGUAUUCGCUAACUGCAGCAAUUUCUAUGUGGGGGAUCGUUUCUGUGUACAAGGGGUAGCUUCAGCAUUAGGACAAAGUAGCUGUGCUACGACCUAUACAGUACAAAGCGGAGAUACCUGCUCUUCAAUCACUUCCAAAGUUGGUGGAUACUUCAAAGGCUUGGUGGUUCUAAAUGGGAAGUUCCUCAAUAGACUAUGCACAGAUUUGCAGGUUGGAGAAGUCUUAUGCAUUGAUAAUGGCCAAAUUCCAUGCCAUCAAACUGUUUCUGUCAAGGCCGGAGAGUCUUGUACCACAAUUGCUAUCGCUGCCAACAUUAGUAUUAACGCUCUAGUGGCGCUUAAUCCCUUCCUGGAUCAACGUUGUACGGAAAUAUAUCCAGGCGACAAUCUAUGUAUCUUAUCACCAUUGUUGGCAGACAUGACAGAUAUCACACCGCCGCAACCUAUCGUACCAAUGCUACAUGCACCCAUUCAGUGUGUGAAAAACAUAACCUUGACAACUGCCACAUCAUGCUUUGAUCUAUUGCUACCAAACAAGAUAUCUUCCAUUGACCUGAAGGUUCUUAAUCCCGGAAUCAACUGUACUCAACUGCUACCUGCAUCGAGUACGAUUUGUGUUGCACAGAUGCCGCCUGGCUGCACUAAAGCCGCAUUGAGUGGUGCAAAUCAAACAUGCCUGGAUUGCGCGAAUGCCGCCUCAGUUCCCCUGAACCAUUUCACCGCUAUGAACACUAGGCUCAAUUGUAUGGCACCUUUACCGCCUGCAACGCCUAUUUGUAUAAGCGAUCCUUUCUCGAUAUGCUCAGAAACAAAGACGAUAGUGUCCAGUGAUACGUGCCCGAGCUUGCAAGCAAUCAACGGUCUCAGUAUCAAUGAUUUUGAAGGUUUAAAUCGAAAUUUGACUUGCUCAAACCUGGUUGUAGGACAAACUGUCUGCGUUUUAGGAAGAUUCAGUCUUUGUAAGCAAACGUACGUGACAUCGGCUGGAGACACUUGCACUUCGGUUCUCCGAUAUUCUUCUUUGAGCACUACUACUCAACUGCAGCAGCUCAAUCCAUGGGUAAAUUGCUCUUCAGCUCUCACUCCAUCUACAAUAAUGUGUAUCAAACCAAGAGCUUCCCCAGGGUGCAAUUUGGUUGCCAAAGUCCAAUCUGGAGAUACGUGUACGUCAAUGGCUGCCCAGUACAACAUUACACUGUUUGCUUUGCAUCAAACAAACCCUUCACUGGAUUGCCAGAAUUUGAAUGCCGGUCAACAGAUUUGUGUUGAGUCUCCAGUAAUCACCUGCUCAAGAAUUCAUUACAUAAGCUCAAAUACAACCUGCACCGCAAUCGCUGCAGCGUCUAACAUUACCAUGGAUCAAUUGAAAUUCUACAACCCAACUAUUGAUUGCAGCAACAUCUUUAUUGGCUCGAUUAUUUGCACUAGUAUAGAGAGGAUCGAAGCCAUCAAUUUCCAACUGAUGAGUUCAUUAGUGCCGCACCUCGCAACGCUUAAGAAGAAUAUUCAAAAUGAAUACAAUGCAUAUCUGGCGAAUCCAUCGGCUCAGAUUUUGAGCAAGGUAGAGAAUGACUUGACGACAGCUCUCGCUUCCAGCAAAGGUGCAUCAUUGAUAAACGCCCUCAAUGCGAAUGACAGUUACUUUGCUGCAUAUGAGAGUCGACAUUCUACCGAUCGACCGUCUCGUUGCAAUCGAACUAGCUACAGCUCUGCGACUUCAGGCGCAAGUGCCUGUUUCUGCGGAUCAGCAUCUAAAAAUCCCUACCUACAUUGCUUAGCGUUGUAUUCCACAGAAAUUAAAAAGUACCUUAGGUCAAUUAAUGAUGGAACCUCCGCUGCUCACAGCCACUCCGCUAAAUUGAAAACCUUGCCAGUAACUGAUACAGCUGCUUCAACAAAAUCGAGUUCUAAUGCUUAGCAACAAAAAUUAUGGUCUUGAACUAUAAAUUCAAUUAGAAAUUUUCAAACCGAUAAAAUGUAAAUAAAUUUCAGAAUCAAAAGGAAUUUCAUUCCUGGAUCC